ACACCAUUUGACGAUAGCCGCAGCCCCUCUCUUCUUUUCGUCGACAGGAUUGCCCCAAAGACAUCUUGUCCAGAUUGCAGGAGAUAACGCACAGGAAGUUUGCUGGGUGGUGAACGGAACACCCGGGUAAACCACUACCGUGGUCUGGGCGCCCUCUCUGCCCUACACAUUAUUUUGGCUCCGGCUCUCACCACGCGGGUAGGCAAGCCCGCAACAGCAGCGCAAGGGCAAAAUGUCGUCUUUCGGGGGGGGGUCGGGGUCCAUGCUGGUCCUUAACGAUCCAGCGGCGCAGCUGUCUAGCAUGGAAGGGAAGGCGGCGGCAUCCGCCGCACCGGUGACCAACCUCUCGGCCUUCGCCAGCAGCAACGACAUCGUCGUCAAGGUUCACCCGGUGGUCCUAUUCUCGGUGUUGGACCACUUCCUCCGACGACCGGAGAACCAGAAGCGCGUUAUCGGGACCCUGUUGGGCACCGUGACCGCAAACGUUGUCGAGAUAACUAACUCGUUCGCCGUGCCCCACCUGGAGAAGAACGACGAGGUCGCCGUGGGUAAGGACUUCAACAAGUCCAUGCUCGCGUUGCAGCAGCGGGUCAACGGGAGAGAAUCAGUUGUCGGCUGGUACGCGACAUCCUUCGAUGGCGUUCUUAUCGUGGACGACUCCUCUCUCAUCCACGACUUCUACACCGGGGAGUGCGAGCGACCGGUGCACCUCGUCGUCGACACCGCAUUGAAGAACAACAUCGUUGGGUGCAAGGCGUUCAUCAGCACCCCGCUGGAGAUCGACGGAUCGGCCCUCGCCAACGUGUUCCACGAGGUGAAGGUGAACCUCGUCUCGGCGGAGGCAGAGCGCAUCUGUAUCGACCGAAUGGUCAAGGGCCAGGAGGAGGCGUUUACGACUCCCGAGGGGCUUGCGGAGGUGGACAGCAGAAUGGCUAGCUUGGAAACAUCGAUGCAGCGGUUGGUGACCAUGUUGCAACAGGCGGAAGAAUACGUGGGGACCGUUGUCGAUGGGAAGCUUCCCGCCGACCCUCACAUGGGCCGUAAGCUGGCCGACACUCUCGCCGCCAUUCCGCGAAUGAGACCGGAGGCCUUCAACCGCCUUUUCGACGAUAAUCUUCAGGACCUACUCAUGGUGUCUUAUCUCAGCAGCCUAACACGGACACAGCUCGCGAUAGCAGAGAAGCUGGCCACGUGAUGGAUGGUCGAACCCUUCGGGACCGGGAUUGCUCUUUUAGUAUGUUGGGGGAUGAGUUAAGGUCCAGGUCUUGAUGUUGUCCAGAAGACAUGCAGCGGGUGGGGGGCGAAUGCACGAAUGAAUCCAGCCACUGUACGUGGGUUGGGUGAAGGAAAAUGUCAGGACGUUGUCGAUAUCUCCGCAGGCUCAAACAGAAGAGCUCGGAAGGAGGGAGGCGUUGGUGUCGGUUCGGUUGGAGACAAGACUGAUAGAGGACCUGUUCCCUAAUGGUUCUCAGGGUGCUCCUAGAUGUUGGCAGGAGGGCUAGCCAUGUACGCCUCUCGACGAGACAUGCAUGUAGCUCGCGACUGCUGAUAUAGAAUGGCACCGUAUGUCGACUGGAUAUUGACCGCUCUUCCAUCGUUGCAACGGUAGAGUGCUGUGCGGGGCUAGUGCAGGGGUCUUGCUGCUGCCCGCCGGCGAUCGAGCGUUUUGGACCUGUUGAUAUCGAGUGUUGCCGAUGCAGGUCGAGGGGGCCCAACGCAGCAUGUUCAUUGCGCUAUGCAUUUUUUUUUUUUCAUUUUGGUGACAGUGGAGAGGCCAAGAUAUGCUUGGCGAGGGUAUGCGGCUCCUUUUUUUCUUGUAGUCACAAAGCCGUUUCGUGUGCUCCACGAUUUUAGAGGGAAUUCGGGAGAGACCAACACGAACAAGUCGAGAAAAUGAUAAGUCGCGAGGCUUGGGUCAAGGGAAAAGCCAGUGCUCUCCUGUGGGUAUCGACGUGGAACGCGUUCCUCAUCCAUUUUCACACAAGGGCGGAGGACCAGGGCACUGAGCUCUAACCAUUGGCUGAGUAUUUGGGUCUGAGAUCGGCUCUCUGCUGCUUCUGUGCCUAACGGUAGGGUGAAGCAGCAGUACACGUGACGUGUGAUCAAUUGUUCGUGGGGCAACGGGACACGCUCGAGAUAAGGCUGUGUUCCGUAGGAUGUGUGAUGUGGUCAGAGCCUCCAUCCACCCUCCACCACCCGUGGUUGAAAAUAGUGAAAUAGUGGGUGUUUCAUCAUGGAGUAUUAUAUUGGUUGGGAGGUUUGAACGUGGACACCACCCACCAACAACGUGCGACAUGACAUCGACGCUGCCCCUUGCCGGAGGCGGGGAUUGGUUGUGGACAGAGAAAACUAGCUGUGGUAAUGCAACCAACCCUUUUUUCGGAUGGUUUCCAUCGU